AUGUCGUGUGGUCGUCAACUGUGUUCGCUGUCUCAGUUGGUUGCUGUAUUGAUUUUCUAUCUACUAAUAUCAAAUCUAAACAAGUCUGGAGAAUCACUUUGGCACUCUCGAUAUGUCGAUUGUGAUGUUCUGUACGCUGCAGCUGUUGUUUCGAAGCCGGCAAUUCCAACAACAACAUCUCAACCUCUUCGAUCAACCGGCAAAUCAUUACGUGUCCCACUAACGAAUGCUAAGCUUAUGAUGUCUAGCUGCUACCUUUUACAGAAAGCUUUCCUGGCCGCGGUUUUAAUUUCUACUUCGAAUGAUAUCUCAGUAAAUCCUGGACCAGUAUCUAACGAUUUCCCUCGAUUUCGUGGACUAAAGAUCGCUCACCUCAAUGUUCAAAGUUUGAUCGGUAAGAUCGACUCAUUACGUAUCUUCUUAAAGGAAAACCCUUUUGAUGUGUUAACUCUGUCCGAAACGUGGCUGAAAGCUAAUGUAUCUGAUAAUGAAAUUUAUAUCCCUGGAUAUACUUUAUCGAGGAAUGACAGAGAUAUUCGUAUUGGGGGAG